CAUCGGGCGGCGCGCGCGAGUUACUCGGGCGGCCGGGGGCCGCCAUUUUCCUCCAGCAAGGGAGAGCAGUUCGGAGCGUAGGUAGCGGAGGUCUGUGUGCGUUACUAACGUAUCGGGUCGAAAAUAGUGAAUCGGGAGACGCGACAGUUUUGUUCGCGUACACCGCGAACCGUGUGCGAUCCAUACGUACGUACGGUCAUACGGAGGACCGCAGUGCGCCUGGUGGCCAGUAUAUCCGCGCGACAUUGUGCCGACUGGCGGCGAUCACCCGGUAGACGGACGCCGCCGCCGCCGCGUACCGUUGUGCAAAAUUAACGACACGAAGCAGAGAUAUAUCUCUGAAAAAGACUCGGGAAGAUCGCGAUAGUAAACGAUAGAAAGAACGAAGGGAAGAAGGAGAGAAAAAGAGACAAGACAGCGCGCGAGCGCAAAGGAAAGAGAGAGAAAGGGAUAAGGAACAGCAAGAUAGAGAGAGAGAGAGAGAGAGAGAGACACACACACAAUUGAGACAGAAGCAGUGUGAAUAGUUUGGUGAUCGCAUUGUGGCCGCGCAGUGAAAAUACUCGACCAGCCAACUUCGGGUAUUACGACGCCGAACGGGAUAACAAGAGGAGAGUGAGUCGCCUCCGACAGGAGACGGUGUUUAUUGAGCCGUGAUGCAUUGGAGAUUUGGCAGUUCUUGCUCGAAGACCGACCAGAAGUCAGUGUUGCAAAAGCAGUUUGUGUGACAAAGCCGAAAAAACAAAGGGAGUGCUGAAACAUUGUACUAGUUGGACUAGAAGAGGCAUCUCCGCUGCGAGUGUCUUGUUGAUAGAUAGAUUCUGUCAUAUUCUAUCAUUGUUGGAGGGAGAGUGGCAGGGGAAGGGCAGCGGUCGUAAUUUUUCUUUCUAGUGACACUGAGAGCGCACAGUGAAAAUAAUAAAAAUAGGGGGGGCGGUCUGCUGACCGAUGGACAAACGGAAGAUGAUGCCCAAACGCCCUCGUAUGGAGAACUUGAGGGGUCCGAUCGCCAACGGACCGAUUCAGACACGACCAUUGGUUGCACUUCUCGAUGGUCGCGAUUGCUCCAUUGAGAUGCCCAUUCUCAAGGAUGUCGCGACUGUUGCCUUUUGUGAUGCGCAGUCUACUUCAGAAAUACAUGAGAAGGUAUUAAAUGAAGCAGUGGGUGCACUGAUGUGGCACACGAUAAUUUUGACAAAGGAGGAUUUGGAAAAGUUCAAGACGCUGCGAAUUAUCGUUCGGAUUGGUUCCGGCGUGGAUAACAUCGAUGUUAAAGCAGCCGGCGAGCUCGGCAUUGCGGUGUGUAAUGUGCCUGGCUAUGGCGUUGAGGAAGUGGCCGAUACAACUCUUUGUCUUAUACUAAAUCUUUAUCGACGCACUUACUGGCUUGCGAAUAUGGUGCGCGAGGGCAAAAAGUUCACAGGACCAGAACAAGUGAGAGAAGCAGCAACUGGUUGCGCCAGGAUACGGGGUGACACACUAGGUAUUGUGGGCCUAGGUAGGAUCGGUUCUGCUGUUGCGUUGCGUGCCAAAGCUUUUGGCUUUACUGUCAUCUUCUAUGAUCCUUAUUUGCCGGACGGCAUCGAGAAAUCGUUAGGUCUCACCAGGGUUUACACAUUACAGGAUUUGCUAUUUCAAUCAGACUGUGUAUCUCUACACUGUACCUUGAACGAACACAAUCACCAUCUAAUAAACGAAUAUACUAUCAAACAGAUGAGACCGGGAGCAUUUUUAGUCAAUACAGCGCGAGGUGGUCUGGUAGACGACGAUGCACUUGCUGCAGCGCUCAAACAAGGUCGAAUUCGCGCGGCGGCGUUAGAUGUCCAUGAAAACGAGCCAUACAACGUCUUUCAGGGUCAGUCCGCGAAUCAGUGUCCAUUGAAAGAUGCGCCCAAUUUACUAUGCACCCCACAUGCCGCCUUCUAUAGUGAUGCAAGCUGCACCGAGUUACGCGAGAUGGCGGCGAGCGAGAUACGACGGGCGAUCGUCGGCCGCAUACCCGACUGCCUGCGCAACUGCGUGAACAAGGAAUACUUCCUUUCCUCGACUGGCGAUGGGAAUAAUGAUGGCGAAAGAACGGCCGAUACGACUGCCCCAUAAAUUCUGUCCGCUCCGCUUCUUCCGAGAAACUCUAGAGGGAAUCUGUGCUUGAGAGAGAAUGACAUAAGAAGUAGACGAGAAGGACGGAGAGCAAGAAAGUAUGAAUGGAAGAAAUAGAUGAAUUUUAUUGAAUAUUAGUGCGCGCUCUGGUGUGUAUUAAAAGCUUGAAUAUAAAUUGCUACAUAAAGAUUCGUAAAUAAAUUGAUGUAGAGAUACAUACAUAAACUUUUGCGUAACGAGUUGUACAAAAAUGAUACAAGUUUAUACAUAACUUUACAUAAACUUUUGUAUACAAAUUGGAAUAAAGAUGUAUGUAUACAUAAGUCGCCAAAUUGGGUUAGAUGCCAUCUUUUUACCACAAGUUAUCAUAUCACAACAUUGAUGGAAUAUACGUUGGUAUUAAUGUAACUUGACGAGAAAAAUAGGAUCUUCUAUUCUUUAUUAACAUUUUAUUCAAUUAUAAUUAGUAUUAUAUUAUAAUUAGUAAUUAUUCAGUAUAAUAAAUAAUCUAUUAAUAUUAAUAUUAAUAUAUUAAUAUUAAAAUAUAAUAUUUAAAAUAUUAAUAUUAAUAUUUUAAGACCGAUAAAAAUAUAUUUAUAUUAAUCUUUUUUUUGUGAUAUACGAGAAAACUGUUUUGAAAUUACCAAUAAACACAAAAUUGAAAUGCAAUUUCGACUAUCUUUUCUCCAUUUAUUAUUCUCAUAAUUAGCAUAAAAUAAUGUCACGAAUUACCAGCAGGAAAUCUUAAAAUUAAAUAAAAUUAAAUAUUUCUCUAAUUAUUAAUUUAUAUUGCCUCCAAAAAUAUUUAUGCAGUGUUCUCGUAAGGCUUAUAUGAAGUAUAUAAAUAUUUAGUGGGCUCUUAAAGAAUAAUUGAUUAAUAAUUGAUUUAAUACUUUCAAAAUUUUAUUUACUUUUACAUCUUUAACAGCAUUAAAGAUAUAUAUAUAUAUUGAAGCGGAGUCAAAAUUAAAAAUGGAAUAUACAUUGACCAUGUUAUUGAUCAGGGCUCUUGUAUUCAUGUCUUUGUCUAGUUUAUGUAAGUUAACUGGCUUUAACUGGCAUCAGUGCGCACUAAUGCAUUCAAUCAAAUUGGUUAAAAAAAAGAAAGAGUGAGAGAAAAUAAAAGAAUGAUAUGAACAGAAUGUGUGUGUGUGUGUGUGAAAAAGAAAAGAAAGAGAAAAGAAUGAGCGCGCGCGCGCUCGAGAGAGAGAGAAAAAGAAUGUGAGUGUGAAAGAGAUGAAAGUUGCAGUCUACUUGUGCAUAUAUGUGAUUUUCUGCUCGCAUUUUUACAUUUAUAGAGCCGCACGGAUAGAAUGCAUUUUGAUGUAAUUUUUGCGAUUAAACCAAAUACAGUUGGACAGAGCAUAAUGAUGACAGUAUAAUGAAGACAGUCGGUCUAUCUCGCGAUUUAUCUUCCGGUUUCUGGUAAUUUUAUACAACAUAGAUUUGUUUGGUUUAGCCGCGCUCUUUCUCGCACUUUUUUUCUUUUUACAUAAGAAAUUUAGAAAAAAAUAUCUAAAUUUUACAAUAAAUAAAGUUUAAUUAGGCUCUAUAGAAGAAAUACUAUUAAUUAAACAGAAGAGAGAUACAUAUUAAGAUUUGCGAAUGUGUAUUCGACACAAAACAACAAUAAUGUAAAUAUAUUGGGUUGAUUAUUAAAAAAGAAAAAAAUUCUUUUUCCCAUAUGCGCGAAUCUUGCUAAAAUUAUUUUAAAAUUCUUUUUCCUUCUUGUAUGACUCUUAAUAAAACAAUUCUUACUUUCAUAUAACUCUAAAUAAGAUAAUUCUAUAUAAAAUAUGUGAUAUAUUAAUAACAAAUUAAAAAAGUUUAAAAUAAAGUUCUUUUCUUAAAGCAAAAAUGAAUAAAUCAUUUCAUCAAUCUAAUAUAUUCAUGACAACACACACACACACACACAAAAGUGAGUAAUUAAUGAUUCUAUAUAAUUUAUUGAUUGUAUAUUGAACGUAAUGAAAAUUUGAGAAACACAUUUUUUCACACUUGGCAGUACUAAAUAAACAUAUACAAUAUACAGUAAUACAUAUAUGUAUGUUCAGCUGUACUAUCACUAUUACACAUGUAUAAAAAACAUUUGCCUUUGUUAUAAUCAUUAAAUUAGCAAUUAUAUAUUUCUAUUCUUUUCAGAGAAAAGUAAAACAGAUAAUAGUUGAAAAUUGAUAUAAUAAUAUCAGAUUGUGAUCAAGAGAAAAAGAGACAGAUAAUUCACUUUUUUUUAUAUUUCAACUUUUAAUUUUUAUCUUUUUUUUCUAAUAAUAGAAAGAAACAAAUCAAAUUUUCGAUCAACCUAAUAUAAUGCAUUUAUAUAUAUAUAUGUAAUUUGCCCACGCGAAUUGAAUCAACUUGUAAUAAAUAUAUUAAAAGAGAGUGAAUGAUGACAGUGCAGGAAAAGCGCGACUGAAACGAACGUACUCGAAACAAAAUUAUCCAUGAAUGAAAGUCAUUGAUAUUUAGAUAAUGAUCUUUAGGAUCAUGAUCUUAAGAAUUAAUAAUAAUUAUAAUUGAAAGGUUUAGUACGAAUGUUAAGCAAAUUAAGCAGUUCUUCCUUUUCUAUAAAAAAAAAAAAAAAGAAGGGCUUUAUUCACGAAAAUGAGUGUUGCAAAUAUAUAAAGUAUUGUACGCGAUAUUACGUUUAGUUUCAUUGCCGUAUAAAUUUGAUUAUUAUUAUAUGUAGUUGAUAUGUAUUAAUUACUUUCAUCAAGAUACGUCUUCUGAUUUUUAUCUUGUUAGAUAUUAAUGAGCGAUUUUCUUAAUUUCUUAAGCAAUUCCCUUAAUAUUUUUGAUUUAGGAAGAAAUAUCGCAUUGUCUUAAUUUCUUAAAAUCGAUUCUUUUCAUUUUUUGUCUUAUCCUUGAUUGUAUGUCGCGAUACGUCUUACACUAUAAUAUUCCUAUCAUUAUGUUUAUUUCGAAUAAUUGUGUAUCAUAUUGAAUAUUUUACAUCUCAGUAUAUUUGCUUAAUGAAUAAAAAAGAAACGAAAACAAAUUUUUUCCCUGCACAAUUAUUUACCCUAAUUUUAAUAAUUGAGAAGCGCUAAUUAUGUAAAUAAUUCGAUAUUCUUACCCAGUCAUUAAAUUUGUCACACUGUAUUUGGAUUCGCAUGUGUUGUUUUUGUUUUCAAUUUUUUGAUAAAUAAUUAUAUAACAAUCGAUAAUUCUCUGCGAAAUAUCAAACGAUCCAGCGAUUUUUUAGAAAUAUAAAUUUUUCUUUUUAGAGUAGAGAUUAUGAUUUUCUAAGCUAAAUUAUAUAUUGAAACGAAAAAUAUACUUCAAAUUAUGAAAAUACUACACGAAUACAGAAGACGAUUAGGAUGUCAAAACAAUUUUUGCAAAGAAUCUGUAACAUAUGUAGCAAUUUAUUUUAAGCAAAUGCCUUGAUGCGUUUCAGAAUAAUGCAGUACUUUUAUCGCGAUCGAAAUUCGUAUUAUAAUUAAUUAAUCACCGAUAAUUAGCAUUAUUUUCUAUAAUAGACUUUUUGUCAAAAUAUAAAAAAUUUGUGUUAGAACUGUAACGAUCAUUUUUUGAUAAGUGAGAUUCUUUGAUUUAAAGCGAGAUUGGCAACAAAAAGAGUGAAAAAUUGA